AUGGCCGCCCGUGAAUGGUGGGCGAUCAAGCUCAGGGAAUCAGACCAAUUGAAGCACACGAUCGCAGGAGCAGGCGCUGGACUCGUCACCUCCGUUGUCACUUGUCCGCUGGAUGUUGUUAAAACAAGACUGCAGAACCAAGGUGUCGUCAACGCUGCUCGAAAGUCCUACAAGGGCACAGCUGGCACUCUCACCAGGAUCUGGUCAGAGGAAGGUGUCCGGGGAUUAUACAGAGGACUCGGACCAACGAUAUUUGGAUAUUUGCCAACAUGGGCGAUUUACUUUACGGCGUACGACUACUUUAAAGACCUGGUGGCAAGACAAACUGGUCACCACGAGUCGAACUUGUUUGUAUAUAUCGUGGCAGCCAUGUCAGCAGGAGCAACUAGUACUACCAUCACGAACCCACUCUGGGUCAUCAAGACACGCUUCAUGACUCAGAAUGAACAUACCCCAUACCGAUACAAAAACACACUCGACGCAUUUGCAACGAUUUACAGAGUCGAGGGACUUCGCGGAUUCUACAAAGGUCUUGGAUCAUCACUCAUGGGUAUUAGUCACGUUGCACUUCAAUUCCCACUCUACGAGAAGCUCAGGCUGUGGCUCAAGCCAGCGGAUUCGGAUCAAGUGAGCAGCACGAACAUCCUGAUUGCAUCGUCGACGUCAAAGAUGGCAGCCAGUAUUGCGACGUACCCUCAUGAGGUGAUCAGGACGCGACUUCAGAACCAGUCGACCCACCCACCAAAGUACCAGGGAAUCAUUCACGCAGUCAAGUUGAUCUACCAGGAGGAGGGGAUUCGUGCCUUUUAUAAGGGCAUGCCGACCAAUCUUCUCAGGACUGUUCCAGCUAGUGCCCUGACUAUCCUGACCUACGAGUUGCUUGUUGGCCGGUUGAACGAGAUUGCCAGGCCUGUAUAG